GCAGCACAGACACAGGGAGCUAUGGACGACCACGAAGUCAAGUUCAUCGACGUGCCCAAGGCCGUGGUGCACGCCCCUGUGCGCAAGAAAGGCAUCCCCAAGAAUUUGCGACGCCAGUCCAUCCACCUGGGCUGGGACGACGACGACGUUGCGAUGCCCAACGAUGUCGGCGCGAGGCGAAACAGCACGACCAAGGAAUCGGUCGUGCUCGAGUUUUACAACCCCCAGCUUCAGGCACCCCACGGCCGGCGACCGUCCACCACGCAUGCCAUGACCCGGGCCAACUACGCGUUGGACCGCGUCGCCGUGAUCCAGCGCAGCCGAAGCGUCGUCACGUUUGUUGACCCGCUCGAAAACGCCACGCGGCGGGACUUGAAGCGGUCCAACUUGCUCCACCCAGUCGCAGUGCCACUCGUGAUGUCGGAGGCGGCGACGCCGCUGCACGUCGGAACAUCGCCACCCAAGCACAGGCAGCCGCAACGAUGCCCCCAGUGCCACUCGAACCACGUGAUCUUGGUUCCCGUUUGCAAAUACUGCAAAAAGAUGGCCGUGUUGUGCCAAGACUACACAGCGUUGAAACGACAUGCGUAUGCCAUUGUGGAGAAAGAUCCAUCGAUCGCGCCGAUUCGAGUAUGCUACUGCCUUGUCCAUGAUGCGUGCUGACGUGUUGGGCG